CUUCCUCACAUUAAAACCUGGUCACACUGAACAUAGACAUCAGGCGCCUUUAAUUCAGAAUUUAGAAUCACUCUCGAAUGAAAGUAGUUCCCAUCCGUUUAUUACAUGCGUUUCUAGUGUUUUUGAUGCCUCUUUCUGUCAUUUCGCCGAGAACCCGGCCACCGCGAUGGGAGUGGGAUCCCUGCCAGGUGCCGCCGCCGAACCAGAGGGCUUUGCGGGCAGAUCAAUUGACCGUUCUGAUCAACGGUUUCUCCGAGCAUCGGAUUCCGCUACUGCUCUCAACCGCCGCCGUCUACUCCUCCGCCAUGGCCUCCGUAUCCGCCGUAAUCAUCCUCUGGAGCAAUCCCUCCACUUCGCGCCAAACCCUAGACAAUCUAUCGCAGAACCUCACCUCCGUCUCCACUGGUGGCGCCCCGACCACCGUGAUCCGGCAGCCAUCGGCGAGCCUCAACCUCCGCUUCACCCCGCGGAGAUCAAUCACCACGCGCGCCGUCCUCGUCUGCGACGACGACAUCCAGCCGGACGCCGAAUCCGUAAAUUUCGCCUUCAAUGUCUGGAGAUCCAACCCGGACCGCCUGAUCGGAUUCUUCGCCCGGUCACACGACUACGAUCUGCCGGAGAGGAAGUGGAUCUACACGAUGCGCAACGACAGGUACUCCAUGAUCCUCACGAAGCUAAUGAUUCUCAAAUCGGAGUACCUCUACAGGUACACCUGCGAAACACCUCCGGAGAUGCUCCGAUUAGUGGACGGGAAGAACAACUGCGAGGACAUUCUGAUGAAUUUCGUUGUUUCAGAUUCAAUCGAAGCCGGGCCGAUUCUGGUCGGAGCUAAAAGAGGGGUGAGGGACAUGGGAGAUUCGAGAAGCGAAGGCGGGGAGAGAGCGGUGGGAUUGAGCAGCAGGGGAGGGGAGCAUAUGAAGAGGAGAGGGGAUUGUAUCACCGAGUUCCACAGAAUUGCAGGGAGAAUGCCCCUCCGGUAUAACUACGGGAAGGUGGUGGAUUCUGCCGGCGAGGAGGGGCUCUGUCGGAAAGGUGACCGGUUCGUGUACUGUGAUCAGCAGCCGCCGGAUUCAUUUGAUUCAAUUUAAAGCAAAUACGCAACCCUGAAAAUAUAGGCAAAGCGCGAGAUUUUCUACCAUUUUUUGGUCAAAGUUUGAAAAACUCAAUGUUUUGCUAUUGAAAAAAAUAGGGUAAUUUACUUAAAUAAGACUAAAACGUAAUGAAUUUUUCAAUAUAGU